AUGGCCCGCAUCCCCUACAAGCCGCUGAGUGAGCGCAUGAUCGAGGAGCCUUUUUGGCUUGGCCUGAUGACGGUGGCCGUGGUGCUGGCCGUCAUCGGCGUUGCGUUCUGCAUCAAGAAGCAGUUUGCCGACAAGAUCGAGAAAUUCUUUGCUGAUGAAAUAGAGAAGAGCAAAUACGGCACCUCGACCUAUGCUGCACACUACCGUCAAGCGCCCUUGCCAAGCCCCACCGGGCUCAGUCCUAGGACAAGACCCAAGUCUUUGUUCGUGAGGCUCAAUUCCUUCCGCAAGGCAUCACUCCUGAGCCUGUCCUCGACGGCCUCCAGUCCCUACGACGUAGAUAUGCUCUCCAGCAGCAUCUGGGGGAGACCUGCAGGGGCUCGGCCAUCGCCAGCGGUGACCCCAAAGAAAAACCUUCUUCACGCUAUGGAUGUGAUCGGCUCAACGGCUGCUGCCGGCGCUGCUGGAGGCGGGUGUCCUGAGACUCGUUCCCAGACGGCGACGCCCCGCAGCGACAGGCGGCGGCUGCUGCGACAACUCAUCUCGCCUCCGAAAGCGCACAGGGCCCCUAGCUGCGACGAACUCCUGCUCCUGCGCUCCAGGGUUUCACGGUGCUCCGUGGCAAGCGAAGAUCUUAGUCAACUUCACGAUCAAGGCGACGAAGAACCGAAAAUAAAGGCGCGCACCAGAAGUGCUGACAUGACAGAGUUAGUGCAAUGCCAUCGAGGUGUAAGCGAGACAUCGCUCUGUUCCCUCAGUCCAUUCAGGAAUGAUGCCAAGAAGGUGACAUUUGCGAAACUUUUUAAUAAAUUGACGAAGGAGGCAACAAGCUCCUCGUCUUCAGACGUGUCAGCGACGGCAGCGCUACGAGGAGUCGUCAUCGCUUCGUAUGGAGCGUCGCCUUCGUCGCUUGCCAGGCGUUCGCCUCGUCGCUCGCCACGCAUCGCGCACGCUUCAUGGCAAGUGCUUUGUUCUCGAAUUUACAUUUAA